UUUCCCGCCAUUUUUCGCACCGGCAAGAGUUACACACGUGUACUGUAGAAUAGAAUUCUGUUAAAUGUUUUUAAAGGAUUUACGGAGCUUUACCAGUCAAACGAUAAUUAAAGUCAUUGCAACUUAGCAACAUCAUUUGCAACAUAUCAAAUUAUCUUGUCUGUGUCAAUCCUCGUUUGAAGGUAGAUAUCAGGAAAGAAGCAAAGAAGCAUAUAGAAUCUAGGCUAAGAACGGCAAUAACUCUCAUUUUAAUAUAUCUUUGAGCGAUAUUGAAGUAAUUUUGCCCAAAAAUCACACACACAUAAGCCGUAUAAAACUAAUUUGGAACUAUGGAUUCUAAUUCAAGAGGGAAAGACGAUACUUUUACGUCUAUUCAUUCCAUGGAAGAAACUUAUAUGAAAAAUUACACAGAAGCAGAAGCUGAGGAAUAUUUAAGAUAUAUGAAUAAUAGAGGUGAAAAGGAUUCCGAGUUAAAUAUGACAUUUCAAGAAUUAGAAGACAAUAUGCAAAAAUUUUAUGUAGAAGACCAAGCUAAAGUUUAUCAAAAAUGCAGUCAUUCUUACAAUUCAAAAUCUAAUCUAUCUACGCUAGCCAUGAAGGAUAAAAUACUUUCAAUAAUUGAGACAAAUUCAGUAGUCAUUAUUCAAGGACCAACUGGCUGUGGAAAGACAACUCAGAUUCCACAGUUCAUUCUCGAUGCUAAUACUAAGAAGAGACGUAUUUGUAAUAUUAUAGUUACACAACCAAGACGAAUUGCUGCAAUUAGCGUUGCCAAUAGGGUGAAACAAGAAGGACUUGGUAAUCUUGUAGGCUAUCAAGUGGGUAUGCAGAAGACUAUAUCACCUGAAACCCGUUUAACUUACUGCACCACUGAAAUUCUCCUUCAACAUUUGAUCCAUACAAAACACAUGUUAGACUAUACACACAUUAUAUUGGACGAAAUUCAUGAACGUGAUCAACAAUUAGAUUUUCUUCUGCUAGUCGUUAAAAGAUUAUUACAAACGAAUUCUGGACAAGUUAAAGUCAUCCUCAUGUCGGCAACAAUUAAUGUGAUGAAAUUUGCGAGAUACUUUUCUACAAAAGUAGGAAAUGAAUUAAUCCCGGCGCCAAUUGUUCAGAUUUCUGAAAAGAGAAAUUUUGAGAUUCAAACAUAUUAUUUGGAUGAUAUAGAGAAUCUAGGACCUAUACCAGAAGUAUCUAGUACGGAACCAAAAGUCACUCAAAAUAUGAUCAACUUUUGCUCACUUAUUCUCGAUGCUCUAGAUCAAAUUGAUACAAAUAAUAAGGAACAAAGUUCCAAUUCGCCUCAGAGACAUUCCGUUCUUAUAUUUUUACCAGGAGUAUAUGAAAUUGAGGAAUUAUAUAAUUACUUGUUGAUUUACCAAGGAGAAAAAUUAUGGGACCUAACAAUUUUGCAUUCAUUGAUUUCUGAUGAUGAACAGUAUCGCAUUUUUCAAAAACCGCCGGAAGGUUACAGACGUAUUAUACUGUCCACAAAUAUUGCCGAAAGUAGUAUUACUGUACCUGAUGUAAAAUAUGUGAUAGACUUUUGCCUUGUAAAAUUAUUGACAUUUAAUCCUGAAACUCAUUACCAAAGUUUGCAACUUUGUUGGGCGAGUAAAACAAAUUGUAUUCAACGAGCUGGUCGCACGGGUCGUGUAAUAGAUGGCAGAGUGUACAGAUUAGUGCCCAAAGCAUUUUAUAAAAAUGUUUUGGACGAUUAUGCUAUACCAGAGAUCCUUCGUGCCCCACUCGCCAACGUUGUUCUCCGCGCCAAAAUUCUUGAUCUCGACGAGCCACGUGUCCUUCUUUCACAUUCCCUUGAUCCACCUACACUCUCGAAUUUGGCAAAUACCAUUUUAAGCCUGAAAGAGGUCGGGGCCUUAGUAGAUGAGGACGAGGAUUCUUUUAAAAUGUUUGACGGACAUUUAACCGAUCUCGGCAAAGUAAUGGCGAAUCUCCCGCUUGAUAUUCGAAUUUCGAAAUUAAUCAUGUUGGGCCACGUUUUCGGAGUUUUACGAGAUGCUAUCGUUCUGGGGGCCAGUAUGGCCAUCAAGGAUGUCUUUAUGGAGCAAUGUCAUCCUAAUGUUUCCUCUUAUAUGACUCGGAAAAAAUGGGCCAAUAAUUCCGAUAGCGACAGCAUUGCCACUUUAAAUGUUUACAAGAUGUGGCAGAAUGAAAAAGCGAACCGUCGAUUAAAUUCUUAUCAAGCUGAGAAACAAUGGGCCAAGAGGAAUGGAAUCUACGCAAGAACCUUGCGUGAAUUAGAUGCUCUCGUGAAAGAUAUCACUGUCAGAUUGCUGAGAUGUGGAAUUGAAGAAAGUGUAGGAAUUAAUAAAGUCAUUUGGGAAGGUGGAGAUCGUGAUUUCGUGCUUCAAGUCGUCCUUGCCGGAGCUUUCUAUCCCAAUUAUUUUGUCAAACCUUUGCAAAAUCGAGAGAUUUAUAAAGAAAAUAUUGAAAUGACCCUGGGUGCUUUGGAUCCCUUGAAGACUGUUUAUUUAAGAGGUUGGCCAAAAGACCAACCUGGAUAUUUAUACGCUAAAAGAUUUCAGCAAAUUUUUUCCAAACAUCUGGGAAUUCUAGAAAAGCAGAUAGCAGUAUCCUUUGAUGGAUCGCAACGUGUUUAUGUGCAAUUUCGCGAGAAGGAAACAUGCGUUGAUGACAGUCUUCAAAAUAUAUUAGAACCUGUUUAUCAGGCUGUCAUGAUGAGGUAUUGCAAUAUACCAAUCGAAUUGAAGUUGUUGAAUGUAAAAGAAGCAAAUGAGAGAGCGAGACGUCAUGAUCUUCAGAAAUUCCAAAGGACUCUUUAUUUUCGUAGAAAUUUUAUAAAGACAGAGAAUGUUGUACCGAAAAUCAGACCACAAUUACCAGGACUUGACGUAACAAACAUACCUCUAUUUGUACAAACUAUCAUCAGUCCUGGAUAUUUUUGGGCAACUCUUGAUGACGAUAUCACUCAUAGUGAAAUACAAGUUAUAGAAGAAAUUCUCAAUAAACACCCUUUGAAAAAGUUACGCUCUAUCCCAGAAAAGUCAACCAUAAUCGCUGCUCCCAUAGAAGGAAAUAAUUCUUUGAUUUACCAUCGUGCCAUAAUUAAGGAAUUUAUUUUAGAAAUCGGAGAACUGGUCGAUAUUUUCUUUAUUGAUCUCGGCCAUUUUUCUAGAAGACGAUUUAGCGAUCUAAAAGAAAUUGAUAAUGCUAGAAUCUUAGAAAUUCCACCGUUAGCAUUUUGUUGCAAUUUAGCUUUUUUGCGACCUUCGAAUCAAAGUAAUGUUCAUGGCCAAUGGUCAGAAAGAUCGAAAAAUUACUUUGAAACACAAAUCAAGAAAAGUAAAAGUAUAUUGGGAAAAAUUUAUUCGAUUGUUGACAGCGUUAUUAAUUUAGAAUUGAUUGUUGUUAAUGACAAAGGGAAGAGAUUUAAUGUUAAUGAAGGUUUCAUUGAAGAAGGAUAUGCUAUAAGAAGGGAAGAAAGUUGUCUAUCAAAGCUUAAUCAUGAUUUAAGGGCAGAUAUUAGUAUUGUCAACGCAAUGUCGAUUGAUGAGAAAAAGUUUUACGAAGAGGAACAGUAUGACAAAAGUCACUUAUUCGAUUAUCCUGAUCCACCUAAAGAAAAAGAUUGCAGCUUGAGCGUAAAACUCCGAGGUCCAUCUUCUCCCUUAGAAAUGGAAUUGACUCAGUUAACAUUAGGCGAAAGAUUGAGAAAGAUACAUGUAGAUAUGAAUUCCGUCAAUUUUAUCCUUUUGGAUAAUGAUCUCGACCAAUCAAGACGUCUUUUGGUCGCUCAGAGUGCCACUCAGUCCAUUAGAGAUAAUCUAAUAUUGAGAAAUACUACUUUUCUGCCAGAUAUUCCCGGACUCGUGGCACUGCUCACGCUGAUUUUUGCACCACGUAUGGAAUUGAGAUGCAAUUCGCGUAAGACUUAUUACACUGGAGCUUUAUGUGGUUUGGGCCCAAAGAAUAAUCUCUCUAAUCGCGCUAUAUUUCCCGAUCAUGAUAUAAAAAUUCAAUUUGACGUAGAAAUCACAAUGGAUGAUGUGAAAGAGAUAAAUAAAUUGCGUCACUGGAUGAACAUUGGGAUGCAACUAAGUAACUCCAAUGAUGAGGAUAUUAUUCUUUGUCAAAACAAAAUCCAACAGAUUUUGCUCCAGCUAACAGACAAACAAAGAAAAACACGUCAACCAGAGAACGAUGAGGUCGAUUGUCUUAGCGACAAUUGGAAUCGCUAUAACAGAUCAUAUUUUUUACCAUCCGUUCGAGAAAGUGUGAGAAAAGCGGAGAUAUAUCCGAUGCAUAAGGCGUUAGAAUUACGUGAAACAAAUGGAUAUAUGGAGGACAUGCUGAAUAAUCUCUCACAAUUGCAGAGUCUUGCCUACGAGGAUGCAUGCAAAGUGGGAAACGUAUCUGCUUUUUGUAAAUUAUGUGGAACUGAAACGCAUGGCCUGUUGGAACUACGCGUUCAUCUUUGUUCGAAACAACAUACUGAGAAGGAGAAGAUGUUGCAUCGUCAAUUACAUUAAGAGAUUACAAUAUAAUCCUUUUAAUCUGGAACUUUUUUUCAAUUUAAGAUACUAUUUUAAUAGCACAAACACAAGAAGAGAAUAUUCUUACGCGUUAUUUUUUUUUUACUUGCCUCAUUCUAUGUGCUAUACAACAAUUGUGUAUUAUAGCGAACGUACAAUGAGGAUAGAAUUGUGAUAUGCAGGGAUGCUGUUCGAGAAUAAAAGGAUAUUCAUAAAAUGGAGAGACAUACAAUUAAAUCUACAAUUAAAGCAUUUUAAGUUUAAUGACGUAAUAUCGUAAUUAUGGAUAUGACUAUUUGUGAUAUGAAUACAUAAAAAGCUAUUUUAUGUAUUUACAUUUGUUGUCUAUUACAUAGAUAGAGAACAUUCAAUUUUGUUAUUUCUUAUAUUAAUUGAAACAUUGAGUUCUUUUAUUUCUACCUCGAAAAAGAUAUAUUUCUGUUGUACGUGCAUUAUUCAUAUUGUCUACAUAUAUAUGCUCUCUAUUUUUCAUUUUUGUUUUCUUUUAGAUAAUAGAUUUUAAGAUGACAUACAAUAUUAUUUUGUAUUUUGUAUUCUUUGUUCCUAUUUGACGUAAGUUCAAUAUAAUUAUUGUUAUUAGGCAGAAAAGAAUAUGCAGUAUUUUUUGUAUGAAUAUACAGUAAAAUUGAAACGUGCAUUAAUGAAC